AUGACAGCCGCGCAAGACAAUCGUCAGCUUGCUGACUCCAAGGAGGCGCCAGACUUUGCGCAUGUCAACAGUGUGCUUGAAGAUGAGAAGCCUUCGGCAGUGGAAGAGCGGGACUACACAGGCACCGCGAAGAAGACAGAUCCUGAGGAGAUCCGUCUCGUGAGGAAACUCGAUCUCUGGAUCAUGCCAUGCCUCUGCCUCAUGUAUUUCCUUAACUACGUCGAUCGAAAUGCCAUCGCCCAGGCCCGACUUAACAAUCUCGAGGAAGAUCUCAACAUGACUGGCACCGAGUUCAACACAACUGUUUCAAUUCUGUUUGUCGGCUACGUCUUGAUGCAGGUCCCCAGCAACAUGUUGAUCACCAAGGUCAGGCCGGGUAUCUACAUGAGCGCAUGGAUGUUGGUCUGGGCAGUUGUUUCUGGAUGCACAGCGCUUGUCAAGAACUAUCAGGGUCUCUUGGUUUGCCGAUUCUUCCUCGGUAUCACCGAAGCGCCUUUCUACCCAGGAGCCACCUACAUCCUGUCCAUUUUCUACACCAGAAAAGAGGUCGCCUCUCGAAUCGCUCUUCUGUACUGCGCCCAGAUCCUUGCGACCGGCUUCUCUGGACUCAUUGCCGCUGGUAUCUUUGCCGGUAUGGACGGUCUCAAGGGAAUCGAGGGAUGGAGAUGGCUCUUCAUCGUCGAGGGUGCCGCGACUGGCCUCGUGUCUCUCAUUGGCUUUGUCCUUCUCCCCAACACUCCCCUCACGACCCACUGGCUCAACGAGCGCGAGAAGCAACUUGCCCACUCUCGCAUGGAGAAAGAUAAGCUCUCUGAUGCUUCUGAUGAGAAGGCUUCUUCUUGGGAGGGUCUCAAGCAGGCUUGCUCUGAUAAGAGGACUUGGCUCUUCUGUCUUAUGCAGAAUUUCCAUCUGUCAGCUUGCUCAUUCAACUCUUUCUUCCCUACUGUGGUCAAGACCCUCGGUUUCAACACAACCAUCACCCUUGUCAUGACCUGCCCUCCAUUCAUCUUCGCUGGUGCCGCUGGCAUUGGAUUUGGAUGGAGCUCUGGCCGCUUCCACGAGCGCACAUGGCACAUUACUGCCGGUCUUAGCAUUGCCAUCGCCGGUUUCGCUCUUGCUGCUGCAACCUUGAACACAGCUGCUCGCUACGUGGCUUGCUUCAUCUUCCCCGUGGGUGCUUAUGCUGUCAACUCUGUUAUUAUCGGAUGGGCCGCAUCUACUCUGUCUCAGACAAAGGAGAAGAAGGCUGUUGUUCUGGCAAUGACCAAUGUUGGUGGCCAGAUCGGUUACAUCUAUGGUGCCUACCUCUGGCCUAAGAGCGACGGACCCCGAUAUGGCAUUGGUUUUGGUGCAUCCGCCGGCUUCGCCUUCUGCUCCAUCGUCUGUGCUUGGUGCAUCCGAAUCCUUCUUGUUCGGGAGAACCGAAGGAUCCGGGCUUCCACUUCCGAGCAUGUCAACCUUUACGGAUACUAA